CAAGUCGUAUAGAAUUGAGGUACGAAAUGUGGCGCUGUUUUGCGGAACAUAAAACUACAAUCUUUUGAAACAUCUGCUUUAUAAAUUUAGCUGAUUUUGCAUUCAGUUGGAGGAAUAUAAUAAUAAAGUGCCACCAAAACGUGCAAAACAGCUUGCAGCAUUUUUAUCACCGCGCUCAUCAAUGGCAAUUGACAGCAAUGGGCACCACAUCGUAUGUCUAAUCACCUUGGUAGAAGUAAGCGUUUUCGCGAACCGACAAGCGAUAGAUUGCAAACAUAAACAUAAAUCGGCGUGUUAUUUCGCUUUCUUUCCUUUGCACCAGAAAAAAGCCCGAAAAUGGUGAAACUUACACCAGAUCUAAUAAAUCAGUCCAUGCAGUACAUGAACCCGUGUCGCGAUCGAGAGCUAGACUUACGGGGGUACAAAAUACCACAGAUUGAGAAUAUGGGUGCGACGCUGGAUCAGUACGAUACGAUCGACUUUUCCGACAACGACAUCCGCAAGUUGGACGGUUUUCCGCGCCUGGCCAGAUUGAAGUGUCUACUUCUGAACAACAACCGGAUUGUGAGAAUUGGUGAAAACCUUCACGAAUCCCUUCCCAACCUUCAGAGUAUCAUUCUGACCGGCAACAACAUCCAGGAGCUCGGUGACUUGGAACCUCUGACGAAGCUGCCGAACCUCGAGACGCUCAGCUUGCUGACGAAUCCCGUAUCCACCAAGCAACACUACCGUGAGUAUGUUGCUUUCCGUUUCCCCAACCUACGGCUGCUAGAUUUCCGCAAGAUCCGGCAAAAGGAGCGCGAAGCAGCGAACCUACUGUUCAAGUCGAAGAAGGGCAAAGAAAUGCACAAAGAAAUCGUUCGGAAAGCGAAACGAGCGUUGCCGGCCGGUGCACUCGGCGAAUCAUCGCCGGAGAAGCAGGCCGUCCAGAAUGCGAGCCCGGCCGACAUUCAGAAGAUUAAGGAAGCCAUCAAGCGAGCGACGAAUCUGCACGAAGUCGAACGGCUUAAUCGCAUGCUACAGUCGGGUCAAAUUACCGGCGACAUACUGAACGGCGCUAACGGUUCUGAAGCCGAGUAAAAGCUCCGAUUCGAACAGAUACAAUACACGAUACAGCUGGUCGAGAAGGGCGUGAAAUAUACUGAACAAAAGAUUGAAUUACACCAUUA